CUGCAGCGUCCCGUGCUCGUGCUCGUGCUCGUGCACGUGUGUUUGAUGAGUCCCUCAGCACGCGCUCGGUCAGUCUGCCGCAGUGUCGAGAAGGAAAUGUGAUAAACGACGGUAAAGCUGCGCGGUUAAACGACAUCGAUGGACGAUCGCGACUCGACGGGACACACCGAAGGGGUGUCAUCAUCAGCCUCCAGCUGCAGACAGGAGGAUCGUGGGACGUGACUGAGGGAUUGAGCCUAUGGCAGAGCAGCAGCAGAGCGACACAGGUCCCUUUGUGUGAAUCUACCAUGGACCCUGUGCUCUGUCUGAUCCUGGUCCUGGGAAUGGCUGUAAUGAUGGCCCAUGCGUGCCCCAAGUACUGUGUGUGCCAGAACCUCUCGGAGUCGCUGGGGACCCUGUGCCCGGCCAAAGGCCUGCUCUCCGUGCCACCUGAUAUAGAUCGCAGCACUGUGGAGCUCCGGUUGGGGGGAAACUACAUCCUUCGAAUCACAAAACAGGACUUUGCCAACAUGACAGACUUGGUGGACCUUACUCUCUCCCGUAACACGAUAAGCUACAUACAGCCCUUUUCCUUCGGGGACCUGGAGACACUCCGUUCUCUCCAUAUGGAUAACAACCGUUUAGUGGAAUUGGGCCCUAAUGACCUGCGAGGGCUGGUCAAUCUGCAGCAUCUCAUUCUCAAUAACAACCAACUGGGCCGUAUCUCCGAGAAGGCGUUUGAAGACCUGGCUGCAUCGCUCGAGGAUCUGGACUUGUCCUACAACAACCUUCAGGCUCUGCCCUGGCAUUCAGUCCGGCAGAUGAUCAACCUGCACCAGCUGAGUCUGGACCACAAUUUGUUGGAUUACAUUCCCGAGGGGACCUUUGUGGAUCUGGAGAGGCUGGCUCGCUUGGACCUGACCUCCAAUCGGCUCCUGAAGCUUCCGCCGGAUCCUAUCUUUGCCAGGGCACAGGAUUCUGAGGCGAUGACCACACCGUUCGCCCCUCAGCUCUCACUCAGCAUAGGUGGAAACCCACUUCACUGCAACUGCGAAUUGCUUUGGUUCCGGCGUCUGGAGCGAGACGAUGAUCUGGAGACUUGUGCCUCACCUCCUGGCCUGAAGGGCCGCUACUUCUGGAACAUUCGGGAGGAUGAGUUUCUGUGUGAGCAGCCUCUGAUUACUCAGCACACCCACCGCAUGCUGGUUCUGGAGGGGCAGACCGCCAGUCUACGGUGUGAAGCCAUCGGAGAUCCCACCCCAACCAUACACUGGGUGACCCCGGAUGAUCGACUGGUCGGGAACUCCUCUCGCACUGUGGUGUACCGCAACGGGACCCUGGAGAUCCUGAUCACCACUUCCAAGGACUACGGGACCUUCACUUGCAUUGCAGCCAACCUGGCUGGUGAAUCAACUGCUUCAGUGGAGCUGUCAAUUAUUCAGCUACCCCACAUAAGCAAUGGCACAAGCCAGGCAUCGCAUCCCAAGUCCCGACUGUCAGACAUUACCGGCAGCUCCAGGACCAGUAAAGGUGCUCCCAAGAACCAGCCAGAGAAAGCAGUGUCUGUGUCUGAGGUGACCGCUGUGUCUGCCCUGGUCAGUUGGUCCAUCAGCAAGACUGCUCCCAAAGUGAAAAUGUACCAACUACAGUACAACUGCUCAGAUGAUGAAGUCCUCAUCUACAGGAUGAUUCCUCCCUCCAGUAAAGCCUUCCAUGUAACAAGCCUGGUGUCUGGGACUCUGUAUGACCUGUGUGUGCUGGCCGUCUGGGACGACUCGGCCACCACACUCACUGCCACUAAUGUGGUGGGCUGUGUGCAGUUCUACACCAGGGACCUGUACCCGCUGUGCCAGUCUCUGCACGGGCAGCUGUUGGGCGGCACCAUGAUCCUGGUGGUGGGUGGCGUGAUCGUGGCCACGCUGCUGGUGUUUAUCGUCAUCCUGAUGGUGCGCUACAAGGCAGGGGACAUCGGAGGGGGCGGAGAAACCCCUGUCAGCAAGCUGAGCAAUGUUAGUGAGACGUACUCUCAGACCAACGGAGGGAGGCCGGGGCAGAACGGAGUGCCUCUGCUGGCACCCAAGCCCAAAGCCAGCAUGCAGGAUGAAGCGGUUGAAUUCAAGUGUGGUUCGCUCCAGAGCAGCAUGUCCUCUUCCUCCUCCUCUUCCUCCUCAGGUUCAGCAGAUCCCACGUCCUACAGCCCCAACAGUGCCCUCGCCAACAUCUGGAGGUCCGCGCCUCCUAAGCCUCGCACUAACUUAGACCAGCUUCUAGGGGCCUUCACAUCGCUGGAGCUUCGGGGCCAGACCAAGGAGCCGCGUGCGCCUGUAAGCUCGGCUAACACAGCUGCUGCUUCGGCCCCAGCGGGCCCGACUGACAGGGAGCCUCUGUUGGGCCGGACGCUGGACUCACGGCUUAGCAAGCUGCUCAUGUUACCUCUGGACUCCAAACCCAAGAGGAGCCACUCGUUCGACAUGGGUGACUUCACGGUGUCGACGGCACAGCAGCUGUGCUCGUACCCGCGCCGGAUCAGCAGCAUCUGGACUAAACGCAGUCUGUCGGUGAACGGCAUGCUGCUUCAGUGCGACGAGGAAGGGGACAGCUGCGGGAGCAAAGGCACCACUGAGAGCUCCGAGUGGGUUAAAGAGAGUACUGUAUAGGGACCGAAACUACAGGAAGAGAGACGAUAUAAACUCCAUCCUGCAUGACUCUGAAUAUGUAUUUUUAUUUUUUUAUUGUUGUUGUUCACCUUGCCAUAUCCAGAACAGAUGCAUCAUUCAGAGGGUGAAUUCACGAAAUGGUCGCACCACUCUAGAUACAGUUUUUCAACACAAAACACGGUCAGAUCCUUCCGAUGACCCUUGGUUUUCAGCAUGAUCAAGCACAUUGUAGAUUGAACCUUAUUCACACAAUUUGCCUGCUGCAAUUAAGUCCAAAGUAUUUUACGCAUACACCAGCGUCCGCAUACAAAUAGUUACCAUAAUAGUAUGUGCACACUGUACGCACACAAUCUGAUUUUUUGUAAAAAAAAUUGUGCAUAUUUGGUACAUGCAGGUCACAUAUGCACAUUAAAUUAGUUUUGCACCAAUCUGCAAUGCUAGCCCGGGCCGCUGUUUACAGUAGAAAACCAAACUGAGGAGAUGAAACAACAUCAACAAACUAGUGGAGACUGCAGCAACAAUAGCAUUAACAAGCAUUUUUGUGUGAGGGGAUUAUGAGAUCGCAGCAGCUUUAGUUAAAAAAGAGCUUUUUAUCAGACUAAGAUCAAGCUUUGUUCAGCGAACCUGGCAACUUUCUGUGUUCAUGCACACUGUCAAGUACUUUCAAAGGCUACAUGUUCAACUGAACACAUAUGCUAGUGUACACCUAAAAAAAAGAAUGCAUUAUAUUUUGGGCUUUACACUUCAUCCCUUAUGUUUAUUCAGAAGAGAUGAUUUUCUGUUGAAGCAGUUAUUCAUCAAUUAAAGAAGAGAUUAUAACCAUCUGUAUAUGCGGACACAUGAGGACCUUCUGUAUUUUAAAGAGUUGAUUCAGUUGUCUGGAUCAUAGUGCUGGACUGAUGCUGUGCAGUCACAGGAAAGUUUGUCAGAUCAUGCUGGUCUGAAGCAUCCGAAACUUGACUAAACCGACGGGAAGCAGAUUGUGUGGGUGUCUUAGUGACGUUAAGCUCCUGACACACCAACAUCAGGCUAAAGACUAUAGACACCUGCUGGUAUAGACAGCUCAUCACAGGCUGUACCUGCUGUAGUGUACCCCAGACAAGCAGGACAUGAGGCAACAACACAGCCGUCUGCAGUCACCGCUAGUGCUUUCUUCUCAUGAUCUGCAUGAUCUCCUAAAGCUGCGCAGGCGACUGGUCGGUGGUCACGAUUCCUUCUUAGCGAAUCCUCCCAGUCUGCUGUGCUGACUCACUGGUGUGAGACGUGUGUGUGUGUGUCAUCUUCAUGUCUUAACUGUGUCUGAAUCGUGCAGGUGGGAAUGAAUGUGGAAGACCUGUGGGACGGACUGGUGUGCUGCUGCAGUUUUCUAGGCUGGAAUGGGAAUUGAAGCACAUAGACAGGAAAUUGCCAUGAAGAUCCGCAUAAAGACUCUGUCAAUAUCUUUAUGUACAACACUGUUUAUAUGUGUUAUCAAUAUACAAAUUUAUAUAUUUUUUAUCUUGUUGGUCAAAUGCACCUCUUUCUUGAUGAAAGAGAAUUUUCUGAAGCUUCAUGGUUUAUCUCACUCUCUUGAAGUUCUUGUUCAUUCAUUUUUGAGAAAUCGUGUACAGUUUCAAUGAAUCCUCAGAUAUUUGAAGCCGUCUGUUUACAUGUGAUGUUUUCUACAUUCCUGUAUUUACAAAGGUAAUGAAUGGAAAGACAUGAGACCAUAGUAAUGAAAACGGCUGUGUGAAAAUAUCAUGAAACAUGUCUAUUGUGUUAUUUUAAGUCACUUAAGCUUCUCACACAGAGGCACUCGGGGGCCUCGGCUAGCUUCCAGGGGGCCGUCAGAUGACUUAAAAGUAUUAAAAUGAAUAAAUAUGAAUAUAUUGAAAUUAUCUAAAAUAAAAAGCUGUAUUUGC